UCUCCCUGCCCUCCCGCAGGAAUCCCCUCUCCCACCUAUUACGCGCGUUACCAGGGGCAGCGGCAGCAGCAUCCGGGUCCUGAGCGGCGGAUCAGAGUCAGCCCCCCCACCCCCCGGGAUACCGAGAGACUCGCCCCGGAUCAUGGAGGACGGAGCUCGCCGGCCGAACACCUGAUGAUGCCAGCAGCUCGCAGCGCCCGAUAGAGCGGAGAGCAGCCGGAGGCCGUGUACCUGCAUGGAGGGAGGCGGGCAGCGCUGACACCCGGGCACCAUGCAUCUCCACCAGGUGCUCACCGGAGCCGUCAACCCCGGGGACAACUGCUACUCGGUGGGCAGUGUCCGGGACACCCCGUUCACGGCUUAUGGAUCAGGAUGUGACAUUGUCAUUCUAGAUAAUGAUUUUGAGUGUGUCCAGAUAAUUCCUGGCGCUAAACAUGGAAACAUCCAGGUUAGCUGUGUGGAGUGCUCCCAACAACAAGGCCGGAUUGCGGCAUCAUAUGGAAAUACAGUCUGCAUUUUUGAACCACUCAGUACUAUAAAUGCUCAAAAGAGAAACAGUCAACUGACAAUUCAGUGGGUGAGAACAGGACAAUUUUUCCUUAAUUCUGUGACAUACAACCUGGCAUGGGAUCCCCAAGGUAACAGGCUGUUGACAGCCACUGAUUACUUGCAGUUGUGGGCUCCACCUUCCAGCGAUAUUCUAGAAGAGGAUGAAGAUGAAAUUGACAGCCAUGUCAUGCAGGAUAAUGUUCAGCCUUCCUUGAAUGACUGGAACUGUAUCUGGCAAUGCAACACUGCUGUUUCUGUACAUUUGAUGAAAUGGUCCCCAGAUGGUGAAUAUUUUGCAACAGCAGGGAAGGAUGACUGCCUUCUCAAGGUCUGGUAUCCUCUUACAGGAUGGAAAUCAUCAUUUUUACCCCAUGAAAGUCAGGACAAAAAAGGGACUCCUGAAAACACACUCUUUUCUUUUGUGUACCUAGCACAUCCUAGAGCUGUAAUUGGUUUUUCAUGGAGAAACACCAGCAGAUUCAUGCCACGGGGUUCAGUGUGCAAUGUUUUACUGACAUCCUGUCAGGAUGGCAUCUGUCGCCUCUGGGCCGAGACUCUAUUGCCAGAGGAUAGUUUGCUUGGCGGUCAAAUAAUUGAGCAUAGCAGUUCCAGCAGCAGUCCAGCAUAUGCAGGGAAGCAGAAGGACAAGAUUGAACACGCGCUUGAGACAAUUCAUCAUUUGAAACAUUUGAGAAGGGGCCGAAGGAGAUCGUCUGUCCUUGCUGCUCACACAGAAUUGUUGCCCAGUCAGCCAAGCCAACAUGAUACUCAUCGUCACAUCUCUCAUCACGCUAAUUCCCUGUGUCACUUCCAUAUAGCCGCAAGCAUAAAUCCAAACACAGAUAUUCCUUCUGUAUUGGCUGGAACAGCUUUCAACCUAGAAGAAGGUUUUGGGGGCUUUGUCGUCCAUUGGCUGAAUAAUAAAGAAUUACAUUUUACAUCAUCUAUUGAAAUAUUUAUUCAGCAUUUGAAAACCAUUGUGGAACAACAAGCUGAGAAUGAGGAGGAUGAUGAGGACGAAGAUGGAUUGCUUAUGAAACUUGAAAAUGGUGAACCUGAAGGUGGUGGAUCAUUGUCUGGCUCACCUGAGCAUGAGGAAGCAGAAAAAGAUUUGAGCACUAAAGCAUCUUCACCUGGUGUUAUCCUGCCUCUACCAACUGUGUUAUUAGACCAGAAAAUUGAAUCUCUCCUCUCUGAGUGGAACAGAAAUGCAGAUAUGCUUUUUACUAUCCAUCCAGUGGAUGGUACUUUUCUUUUGUGGCAUGUUAACUACUUGGAUGAGUACAAUCCAGGAAUCUUCAGACAAGUUCGGGUGUCCUUUUCUUCUCGUAUUCCUGUUGCUUUUCCUUCUGGAGAUGCAAGCUCUCUCAGCAAAAAUAUAAUGAUGUAUGCUUGUACUACCUCUGCAAAGGAACCUGCUUCUACAACACUGCAGACAAACGAAAAAUCCAUUUCACGGGUCCCAUCUGUAAAUUCUUUAAGAAAUGUUCCAGUUGUGGGCUCUAUAUCUUCCACUGUGAUGAUGGUAUCAAAGCAUAUUGAUGGGUCUUUGAAUCAGUGGGCAGUUACAUUUGCAGAUAAAUCUGCCUUUACCACUGUGCUUACCGUGUCUCAUAAGUUCCGAUACUGCGGUCAUCGAUUUCACCUGAAUGAUCUGGCUUGCCACUCCGUGUUGCCACUGCUGCUAACAUCGUCUCACCACAAUGUUCUUGUAACACCGGGCUCUGAUAGUCCAUGGGAGCUCGAUAGCAGCAACAAAAUCACAGACCCAGUGAAGAAUCUGAAAGGUUUCCCCAGACAACAUUUUAAGAAUGCCGCAACUCAAACAUUUCAUGACCCAAAUGCAAUUUACAGUGAACUAAUACUGUGGCGUGUUGAUCCUAUUGGACCUUUGUCCUACAGUGGGGGAGUGUCAGAACUGGCUCGAAUCAACUCACUUCGAACGGCUGCCUUCUGUAAUGUGGCGUGGCUUCCGACUCUUAUACCUAGUUAUUGUUUAGGUACCUACUGUAACUCUGCUAGUGCCUGCUUUGUAGCCUCUGAUGGGUCAAGUUUGAGGUUGUAUCAAGCAGUUGUUGAUGCACGAAAGCUGCUUGAUGAGCUGUCUGAUCCCGAAUCUUCUAAACUUAUUGGUGAAGUGUUCAACAUAGUCAGCCAGCAAUCCACUGCACGACCUGGGUGUAUUAUUGAACUUGAUGCAAUAACAGACAAGUGUGGUUCAAGCACACAGCUGCUUCACGUCUUUCAAGAGGAUUUUAUUUUGGGAUACAAGCCACAUAAAGCAGAAGUGAAAGCUAAAGAAGCUGAAGUUUUCUUCCAACCAUCGCAAGGUUAUCGGCCACCUCCCUUUUCAGAGAAAUUCUUCCUAGUAGUAAUAGAAAAAGAUAUUAAAAACCGGUCUGUUCUGAAUAUGUGGCAUCUUCAUUUGAAAUCUGUCCAAGCAUUUGUAGCUAAACCUGCCGAAGAGAGGACAUCAGAAAACUUUCUUAAUGUUCCCGGGCAACCAACUGCCGAAUCAUCACCUGAUGCCACUCCCACCACAAGCCCCAUGACGCGCUCUGCGUCAAUCGCUAAUCUUCAGACUGCAAGCAAGCUGAUACUGAGCUCCAAGCUUGUGUAUAGUUAUGCAUUGGAUAUUCCUGAUGGAGUAGAAGUAAUAAGAGCAACACCAUCUGCAGGCCAUCUUAGUUCAUCUUCAAUUUACCCAGUGUGCCUUGCACCGUACCUUUUAGUUACAGCUUGUUCAGAUAACAAAGUGCGAUUCUGGAGGUGUAGGGUGCAGACAUUUGAAGAAUACGGGAGCGGUGAAGAGCAACACAGCUAUUGCUGGAAAGAAUGGUCUCUAAUGAAUGAUGGUCACGAUGAAAGUACUAGCUCUGUAGUUGUGGCAGGGAGACCUGUUGGAGUAAGCUGCUCUUACACAGGAAGACUUGCCGUGGCCUACAAGCAACCACUGCAGCAUAAUGGCUGUGUCUCCAAAGAAUUUUCUAUGCACGUUUGUCUCUUUGAAUGUGAAUCCACUGGUGGAUCAGAAUGGGUCUUGGAGCAAACUAUCCAUCUGGAUGACUUAAUUAGAGUUGGGAGCAUGCUCGAUCCUCGUGUCAGUGUUGACAGCAACCUGUUUGUAUACAGUAAAUCAGAUGUAUUUCUAAACAAAGACAAGCAUUUGAUGCCCAAUAUCAAACAUUUAGUACAUUUAGACUGGGUAUCAAAAGAAGACGGUUCACAUAUACUUACCGUAGGAGUUGGUUCCAAUAUUUUUAUGUAUGGUAGACUCUCGGGUAUUGUUACAGAUCAAACGAACAGUAAAGAUGGAAUUGCUGUCAUUACAUUACCACUAGGUGGUAGUAUAAAGCAAGGAAUAAAAUCUAAAUGGGUUUUGCUUAGAUCAAUCGAUCUGGUGUCCUCUGUAGAUGGCACCCCUUCAUUACCUGUGUCUCUUUCUUGGGUGAGGGAUGGAAUAUUGGUAGUGGGAAUGGACUGCGAAAUGCAUGUUUAUGCACAGUGGAAACACAAUUUUAAAUGUGUUGAACAGAAGAGCUUAUUAAUUGAAGACAAAGCAGUCCAGCCUCAAACCGAUUCUUUUCAAGCACAGGUGAUCUCCAAAAAAAACAGUGUGAUUGAUGGAGCUGCUAUUGUAGAUGAUGUAUUUGGAAGCCCAACUGUAAUACAGGAUGGUGGCCUUUUUGAGGCUGCCCAUGUCCUCUCACCGACCCUUCCACAGUAUCACCCAACUCAACUUCUUGAACUCAUGGACUUGGGAAAAGUUAGAAGGGCAAAAGCUAUCCUUUCACACUUGGUAAAAUGUAUCGCAGGAGAAGUGGCAAUUGUAAAAGACUUGGAUACUGGAGAUGAAGCUGCCCCUAAACGCCACCUUUCACGGACUAUUAGUGUAAGUGGCAGCACGGCAAAAGACAUGAUCAUUACUGGGAAAGAUGGAACCCGCGAAUACACAGAGAUAGAUUCCAUUCCUCCAUUACCACUCUAUGCCCUGCUUUCAGCAGAUCAAGACGCUGCGUAUUCCGCUACAGAGGAAAGUACAAAGAGGACACACCCCUCAAAACGCAGCUUCGACAAUAAAGGAGAUCAGUAUUCUGAUUUAUUCCAGGUACAAGGCGUGACAACAGAUGACUUCAUUAGUUUUGAAACCGAAAAAAGAGAAAGCAAAUCCAAAGUUAUUAACCUUUCCCAAUAUGGCCCUACUUACUUUGGCCGUGAGCAUGCCAGCGUGCUUUCAAGUCACUUAAUGCACUCUAGUUUGCCAGGGCUGACACGGCUGGAGCAGAUGUUUCUUGUUGCCUUAGCAGACACAGUCGCCACCACAAGCACAGAACUUGGGGAAAGUGGAAAUAACUACGGGGGAGGGGACAAUCUGGAUGAGUGUGGCUUACGAUGUUUACUCGCUAUGCGUUUACAUACUUGUCUUUUGACAUCACUGCCGCCAUUGUAUCGACUUCAGUUACUCCAUCAAGGGUUGUCUACAUGUCACUUUGCUUGGGCAUUUCACUCAGAGGCUGAAGAGGAAUUAAUCAAUAUGAUCCCGGCUAUUCAAAGGGGUGACCCUCAGUGGUCUGAACUCAGGGCAAUGGGAGUAGGUUGGUGGGUCAGGAAUAUUAACACCCUCCGGAGAUGCAUUGAAAAGGUUGCAAAAGCAGCUUUCCAGAGGAACAAUGACCCAUUAGAUGCGGCAAUUUUCUAUCUUGCAAUGAAAAAGAAAGCUGUCCUUUGGGGUUUAUUCAGAUCCCAGCAUGAUGAAAAAAUGACUCAGUUCUUUAGCCGUAACUUUAAGGAGGAUCGGUGGCGGAAAGCAGCCCUAAAGAACGCGUUCUCAUUGCUUGGAAAGCAGCGCUUUGAGCAGUCUGCCGCUUUCUUCCUUUUGGCAGGAUCACUCAAAGAUGCUAUUGAGGUUUGUCUUGAAAAAAUGGAGGACAUCCAAUUGGCAAUGAUUAUCGCACGGCUGUAUGAAUCAGAUUUUGACAAAUCGUCAACGUACGAGUCUCUUUUAUAUGAACGAGUACUUGGUUGCAAUAAAGAUGGCUCAGGUUUUUGCUGCACAAAACUUCAUCCUGAUCCCUUUUUAAGAAGCAUUGCAUACUGGAUAAUGAAAGACUACACUAAGGCACUGGACACUUUACUUGAACAAACCCCAAAAGAAGAGGAUGAAAAUCCAGUACUUAUCAAGUCAUGCAAUCCCGUGGUAUUUAGUUUUUACAACUACCUGCGAACACACCCUCUGCUUAUUCGCAGGCAUUUCAGUACUCCGGAGGCCACACUGGCUACGUUAGGCUUGAAGACUGAAAGAAAUUAUGUAGAUGAAAUAAAUCUGAUUGAAAGGAAAUUAUUUUUCACCACUGCAAAUGCCCACUUUAAGGUUGGCUGCCCAGUUCUUGCCCUUGAAGUUCUUUCCAAGAUCCCAAAGUUGACAACUGCUAUACCUAAUACAGAGGACCUGAGUUUGAGUCCUGCUGGGCAGAACAGUCUAAAAUCAAUAUCCAAACAUGACCAUUUGGGAGAGGGAAAUGAUUUAGAAAGGAUCACUCCAACUUUAACUUUUGCAAAAUCAUCAAAUUACGAAGACUCUUUAUCAAAUUUUGAUUGGGGUUUGCCAAGCUUGAAAAUUGAAGAUGAGCCCCUUCAGCUUGACUGGGGAGAAGAUAAAGGAAGUGAAGAGGAGGAGGAGGAGGGUGGUCUUGUAUUAAAAAGUCUAGAUUUAGUGCAAGCUGAUCAAAGUAAAAGGGAAUCCAGUCCCGAAACACAGUCUGUUGAAACUGUAAAACCAACUGGAAAUGAAGUUGAUGUGAUUGCCGAACAGCUUAAAUUUAGAGCCUGUUUAAAGAUUCUCAUGACUGAACUAAGAACGUUAGCAACAGGACAUGAAGUUGAUGGAGGAAAAUUGAGAUUUCAGCUGUACAACUGGUUAGAAAAGGAGAUUGCUGCAAUGCACAAAAUAUUCAACAAUGAAACCGACAUGAAAGAUUAUGCACCUGAAACACAGUCAUCGAGUGACAUUUUAGACAGUCAAGAAUCAGUGGAUAAAACGGACAUUGGCUCCUAUGAGCGUCACCAAAUAGAGCGCCGCAGGUUGCAAGCUAAGCGUGAGCACGCAGAGAGACGGAAAUGGUGGUUGCAGAAGAAUCAGGCUCUUUUAAGGGUGUUUCUAAGUUACUGCAGUUUACAUGGAGCUCAGGGAGGAGGCUUGGCCUCUGUUCGGAUGGAACUCAAAUUUCUUUUGCAAGAGUCUCAACAGGAAACAACCGUAAAGCAACUUCAGUCACCCCUUCCACUGCCUACAACCUUACCCUUGCUAUCGGCAAGCAUUGCAGUGACCAAAACUGUGAUCGCUAACCCUGUUCUCUAUCUUAAUAACCACAUCCAUGAUAUUCUCUACACUAUUGUACAAAUGAGAAAUCCUCCCGAUCCUGACAACCAAAAUUCAAAGGUCUACACCCUUCACUUGUUGGCAGCAUCCCUCUCUGCUUCAAUAUACCAAGCACUGUGUGACAGUCACAGCUACAGUUGUCAGACUGAGGCAAAUCAGUUUACGGGAAUGGUUUACCAGGGGCUCCUGCUGAGCGAAAGACGGAGAUUAAGAACAGAGAGUAUUGAAGAACAUGCUACCCCAAACUCAUCUCCUGCUUCAUGGCCAGGUGUCAGCUCUUUAAUAAACCUGCUCACUACCGCCCAAGAUGAAGAUCAGCCCAAGCUAAAUGUUUUGCUGUGUGAAGCUGUUGUAGCUGUAUAUGUGAGCCUUUUGAUACAUGCCCUCGCCACAGACUCCAGCACUGAGCUGUUUAGACUUGCGGCUCAUCCACUGAGCAAUCGAAUGUGGGCAGCUGUUUUUGGGGGUGGUGUUAAGCUUGUUGUGAAACCAAGAAAGCCACCUGAGACUGUUCCAGACAGAAAGAAAAGUUUUGAUGAGCAUAAAACACAGCAUGCUCUGUCUAAUGAGGAGCAACCAGCACCAGAAACUGUUGUACAUGAGAGAAAAGGAAGCACUGCUCUCACUGACAUUAGACAUGAGUCUCAAACAUGUGCAAUACCUGCCUUGUCAGAUGAAAUAGAUAAACAUCGACGGAGGUUCAAUAUGAGAAUGCUGGUCCCAGGGAGACCGGUGAAGGAUGUCUCUGUCCCACCACCUGUUCCAGCUGAACGACCAACGUACAAGGAGAAAUUCAUUCCUCCAGAGUUGAGCAUGUGGGACUAUUUUGUUGCCAAGCCAUUUCUUCCUCUGUCUGACAGCGGCCUUAUCUACGACUCGGAUGAAAGUGUUCCAAGUGACGAUGAUGAAGAUGAGGAUGCUUUUCUAUCCGACAUUCAGAUACAGGAGCACAUAGAUUCUAGUUCCUAUAGUUGGACUUUAAUUCGUUUGGCAAUGGUGAAACUUGCUGUCCAUAACUUGAAGAGCUUCUUUCCUAUAGCUGGUCUGGAGAUUGCAGAUCUUCCUGUUACUUCUCCAUUGGGUAUUGCGGUUGUCAAAAACCUAGAGAACUGGGAGCAAAUUCUUCAUGAAAGAAUGGACCAAUUUGAAGGCCCACCACCCAACUAUAUUAACACAUAUCCCAGUGAGCUAGCUGCUGGAGCAGGGCCAGCUAUUCUGCGUCACAAGGCAAUGCUGGACCCAGAAAACACACCAUUCAAGUCCAAAGAUUACUCUGCACUCCCUGUUAAAAGGCUCUGGCAUUACCUAGUCAAACAGGAAAUGUUACAGGAGUCGUUCAUAAGAUACAUCUUUACCAAGAAGAGAAAGCAAAGUGAGUCUGUAGAAGACAGUGCGGAGCGUGUCAAAGUAAACUCCAUAGCAGAUCUUCAGAAAAAUAAGGUUGAAGCUGAUCUGGGUUACCCCGGAGGAAAAGCAAAGAUUAUUCACAAGGAAUCUGAUAUUAUAAUGGCUUUCGCUGUGAACAAGGCAAAUAACAAUGAAAUUGUCCUGGCCUCAACACAUGAUGUGCAAGAACUUGAUGUUUCAUGUCUCUUGAAUGCUCAGCCCUACAUAUGGAUUGGUGAAGAGUAUGACAGAGAAUCGAAAAGUUCCGAUGACCUAGAUUUUAGGGGAUCGACCUCUGCCAUUCCACAGUCAAGUGUGGCAUCCUUUAACAUAAGUCAGAUGCAGUCAUCUUCAUCCAUGCCUUGGCUGGGUAGUGGUCAGACAAGCACUGGAGCUGGAGUGCUCAUUAAGCGUAAUCUAAAUAACGUGAAAAGAAUGGCUUCACACCCUGUUCAUCAGUGCUAUCUAACGGGGGCUCAGGAUGGCAGCGUUCGUAUGUUUGAAUGGAGUCGGCCCCAACAACUUCUAUGCUUUCGGCAAGCUGGAAAUGCUCGGGUUACAAGAUUGUAUUUUAACUCCCAAGGCAAUAAGUGUGGUGUUGCCGAUGGGGAAGGAUUUCUAAGCAUUUGGCAAGUAAACCAAACCACCUCCAGUCCAAAACCUUACCUGAGUUGGCAGUGUCACACUAAAACUACCGGUGACUUUGCCUUCAUUACCUCGUCAAGCUUGGUCGCAACAGCUGGACAGUCCAAUGAUAACAGAAAUGUAUGCCUGUGGGAUACGCUGAUAUCAUCCAGUAACAGUCUUGUUCAUGCUUUCAAUUGCCAUGAAAAUGGUGCCACAGUCCUCCAGUAUGCACCGAAGCAACAGCUCUUGAUCACUGGUGGCAGAAAAGGAAGUAUUUGCAUCUUUGACAUAAGACAGAGGCAGACCCUUCACACGUUCCAGGCUCACGAUUCAGCUGUAAAGGCCUUGGCUCUAGACGCAUCUGAAGAUUAUUUUGUUACUGGCUCAGCUGAAGGUAACAUGAAGGUGUGGAAGCUGACAGGACACGGUUUAAUUCAUUCGUUUAAAAACGAGCAUGCAAAGCAGUCCAUAUUUCGGAAUAUUGGGGCUGGUGUCAUGCAGAUUGAAGUAGGAGAAAACAAGCGCAUCUUCUCCUGUGGAGCAGAUGGUACUCUGAAGAUGAGGAUGUUGCCCGCUGCCUUCAAGACACAGUCAUGCAUUUUCGAUAUUAUUUAAAGAUUUAUAUUUUGGAACAUUUUCUGCUUCCAAACAUUGAUCUGCUGCUGCAUAAUGCGUAGUGAAGAAAUAGUCUUUCUCUACAGUUGACCGAGUUAGAGGGUGUUCUAGAAUGAUGUAAUGAGGAUAAUGGAUGAGGAUUUUUUUUUAAAGCUAGAUUACUGUCGUUGAAUGGGUGUGGAUAUGCAUGUGUGUUACUUUAAGAAGGCAUAUGCAGAGGCCAGUAAAGGAGAGGGUGAUGGUCACGGCUGCUUUCUCUUAUAGUGUCCAUAAAGACUGAACCUUUUCAAUGAUGGCUACAAUUUAAGGAUCACUGUUACUACUAAAGAUGUUUUAUUACAAAGUUUAAAGCUGGUCAAACUAUCUACUUUACUAUACGGAGAAUGGUCAAUGAGGCAUGGGCAUUGGUGCUAACAAUGAUGUUUUAGUGGUUUGACAGUUUACAGGCAUGUUGCAUUUGUUCCCUAUUAUGUGAAAGGAAACCAUCCAUAUGUUGAUCCUAAGAGCACUACAGAGCCAUGCACCAAGUAAUUGGGGGAAUAAUGCUAAUCUUUCAAUGAUUAGUCAUUCAGAGGACUGUUGCGAUUAUUGAUUGUUGAAUCAGGAGGUGUGAUAUUCUUUUAAUGGUUUACAGAUUAUAGACACUUUCGCUUCCAGUUUUGACACUCGUGUUCUUUAAAAAGAAAAAAAAGCAUGUCUGUAUUUUACUUGUACAAAAAUAAUAAUGCAUUUGUGUACUGUCACUUUAAACUACCAAACCAAGAACUUUUGCAACCAAAAUGUAUCCAAACAGAGGAUCUCUAAUCCCUCUGUUGUUUUUGGAUAGUGAUUUUUCUUGGUGGCUAUGUUUUUGUUUUUAUUUUAUUUUAUUUUAAAUUUUUUAAUUUAUUUAUUUUUGAAGUAGUUUUGUUUUUAUUUAGUAUGACCUUGUAAUUUGCACAACAUUUAAUUGCAGUGUUUACGUUGUACUGUUCAUUGCAUAUUACCUCGCAUUCAUUUGACUAUUCUCAAGUUACAUUAUUUCAUGAAUUUAAACUUAGAAAUCUUGUGUUGUGAGCGCAGGCCCAACUUACCUGCAGUCAUGUUUACGUUUUUAAAUGCAUUUUUGAGAUAUUUUGUGUGCAUAAUUUAUUUUAGCCUCCCCUAACGAAUGCCUAUUCGUCAGUGAAAAAAAGACUGACAAGAAUCUAUAUGAAGAUAGUUAAGUAGACUCUAAAGCAACACAUUUUAAUAUGAAUGUCAGGCUUUUUGUGGCCAGAUAGUAAAUAGUUGAAACCGGAUACAAUUAAAUUAAAACAAAGCAUAUGUAUAAACUAUGCAGAGUUCAAUAUUGUUUGCUUGUAAUAUACUAGGCAGUGUUGUCAUUUUUGAUGUACCGUUGUAAACAAAGACACUCUUAAUAAGCUAUUAAAACUCAUGUCUGUGUAAUUGUCAUCCAUCAAGUUGUCUCAUUUUCAAUGCAAAAUUCAAUGUGUGUGUUGUAAUGUAAAUUAUAAUUUCAUGCACAUUUAUCCUGUAACUUUACCUUCUCUAAAGAUGUUUUAAAAGUAUAAAGGUAUGUAUAGAGAAGAGCGAGUCAUUUGUCAGACCUUUGUAAGAUGAAUAAAGCCCUUUUAUUUCACGGAAA